CGCAACUGACAUCGCAGGAAGAAUUUUGGAAACUUUGGAAACACUUUCAAUUCAAGGAAGAAGCGCCUUUUAAAUGAUUUUUUUUUUUUUAGAAUGUUCAUCCUCAGUUGCUUGAGGAACCGGAUAACUGAGGUCUCUUUCAAACAUAGUGUCUUGUAGUUAUAUGACGUCACAGUUCCAGUUUUGUGAAUGUGCGAGUGAGAUAAAGACAAUCGCCUCCUGUCAGUCCGCAUUUAAGAUACAGAAUGAGACGUCUCAGAUGUCAAAAGCAAUUCUUCCGGUUCCUGAUGAUUGUGUCUGUAGUGGUCCUCAUCGUCCUCACCUUGGAGAGAACGGACAAGUUUAAAAAUCUGAAGCCAGGAGAUCUGUUCAAGCCGUUGAUCAAGAAGCGUGUGAAUGGAAGCAAACCAUCAACAGGUCCGUGUGAUCAGUGGGUCACCUGUCCAGGUGAACAUUUGGGCUUCUACAUCCGCAGCGGUGCCGCCAGUGCUGUUCCACCCAAGAUUUGUGUCAACAACCAACUGGUCCUGGGUGCGAUUCUGAACAACGCCGGCCCGGGAAUCAACAUUGUGGUUCUGAAUGGACGCACUGGUCAGGUGAUCACCACGGAUCACUUCAACAUGUACAGUGGAGAUGUCAACCCACUGAUCAAGCUGCUCAAGAACCUGGAUCAGGGUUCUGCAGUUCUGGUCGCCUCCUUUGACGAUCCCUCCACCAAACUAACAGAAGAAGCGAGGAGACUGUUCACUGACUUGGGGAGUUCUCUGGUCAAAACGCUGGCAUUCCGGGACAACUGGAUUUUUGUUGGAGGAAAAGGAACCGUGGGAAAGAGCGAUUUUGAGAAGCACAUAAAGAACGACAAUAACGUCAACAAGUACCACCGGUGGCCCGAGCUCAUUGAAAUGCACGGAUGCUUGCCCAAGUAUCUGUAGUGAGGCUCCACUGCCGCCUGUGCUCAUCAUGCUUUUGCUCAUCAUGUUCAUGUCAAUCGAAGUUAACUUUUUGAUUAGAUUUUGGUUGAUUUCGAUUGGGGUUGUAGGCGACCCAAAUGUUAUUUAUUACAAUGCUAAGAUAUCCAUGUAUAUUCCGAGCACUGGGUGCAGUCACCGUAUUACAAAAAUAUGACAAAUACUCUCGACUUCUUUUGCAAUACAACAUUGUUUUUGUUGUAGAAGUAAGUACCCUCUUUGACUGUCUCUAAGAAAUGGAGUGACACACUAUCUCAUCCAGGAGGGAGGGAGGGAACCACCGCUCUCUCAUUGCGAGAAGCCAGUUGAGGAGGUUUGGGGGAUCUUGUCUGGAUGACUCCUUCGAGCUGAUGUCUCAGAUGAUUGUGGUUUUCCCCCAGAACAACUGGCACAGGCUUCUGGGCGUUGGAAGUCUUGCAUGGGCUGGUGUUAGGUGCUUUUAAGCAGGCUGGGAAUGUGCAAGGGAUUUACUCAGAAAUAAAUCUGAUGCAUUUUAUAGCUUUUUUUGUGGUUGUUUUUAUCUGUAUUGACUUGAGAUUAAGUUCAACUGAUGCCAGGGGCUUCAACAAAUCGGUGACUGUAUUACUUUUGUAGUGCAACAAUGUAUGUGUUUGUGGUGUGUUAUUAGAGAAAGAAAUAUUGCUACCAGGACUUUUUAAUGUGGUUAAAUAAAGAACGAUGGAAUGGAUGCAUUCUGGAAGCAGUUCUGCAAGCUGUAAAUUGAUUUUUCCUUCUUUAA